UUUUCUUCUUCUUCUGUAUAUUCCGUCGUUUCAUUCUUCAGAAGCUUUGAACUCAAAAUUGAAAAUCUAUAGUGGAAACAGCGAAGAGGAUCGAAACGUAGAAAAUGAGCAGCAUUGGAACUGGAUAUGACCUAUCGGUGACGACAUUCUCGCCGGACGGCAGAGUUUUUCAGAUCGAGUAUGCCGGAAAAGCUGUUGAUAAUAGUGGUACUGUUGUUGGAAUCAAGUGCAAGGAUGGAAUCGUAUUGGGAGUUGAGAAGCUGAUUGCGUCGAAAAUGAUGUUGCCGGGAUCUAAUCGUCGGAUUCACUCUGUUCAUCGUCAUUCUGGCAUGGCUGUUGCAGGGCUGGCUGCUGAUGGGAGGCAAAUUGUUGCCCGUGCAAAGUCUGAAGCAACCAGUUUUGAAAGUGUAUAUGGUGAACCGAUUCCGGUGAAAGAACUUGCAGAACGUGUUGCUAGUUAUGUGCAUUUAUGCACACUUUACUGGUGGCUCAGGCCUUUUGGAUCUGGGGUAAUCCUUGGAGGCUAUGAUAGAGAUGGACCUCAACUCUACAUGGUUGAGCCAUCUGGUGUUUCCUAUAGGUACUUCGGUGCUGCUAUUGGGAAGGGCAGACAGGCUGCUAAAACUGAAAUUGAGAAGUUGAAGCUCUCUGAAAUGACGUGUCGGCAAGGGGUUAUUGAGGUAGCCAAAAUAAUUUAUGGAGUUCAUGAUGAGGCAAAGGACAAGGCAUUUGAACUGGAAAUGAGUUGGGUGUGUGAUGAGUCUAACCGGCAGCAUCAGAAGGUUCCCGCUGAUCUGUUAGAGGAAGCCAAGGCUGCAGCUAAAGCUGCACUUGAAGAGAUGGACGCAGACUAAUGGCGCAAAUACGACUCCGCUCACUCUAUUUACUACUUUUAUCAACUGAAUCAAAUAGUCUGCUCUGGCUCUGCCAUGUUUGGAAUUUGGCACCUGUAUGACACAUUUGUUUUUAGUGAUGAAAGAGAUCU